CGAGUGUUUAUAUAGACUCGGCGUCAACAGCGAGGCAUCCAAACAUUCUAUUCCUAUUCACAGAAGAAAAAAACCGCCGCCGCCGCCGAUUGAGAGACAUGGGCUCUGCCGCGACCGACCGCUCUUCUGCCAAGCCCGCCGCCCGAUCGCCUGAUUACCGCGCCAACCCCGCAACUGCUUGCUGGAGCGAGUUUGUUACUGGCUAAUUCGAUUCGAGAGGUCUAAGAUGCCCCCUCACAUCACAUCCAGCCAACUGACAUCACACCCCUCAGACACAGAGAGGUUAUUGAUUUGCUGUGACCCCUUCAGGCUCAGAAUGGCUAAAAUCCUCCCUGCUGAACCGAGCCGGUCCAGCCCUGCUGGCAAGUUCAACAUGGCAGCCAUGAUUCUUGGACGUAUGGCCCAGAUCGCUAUGGACUGGGUGAGGAGGUGGUUGGACCUCUGGCAACAUAGCCCUGCCACCCUGGUGAGGGCUGUGUUGAUGGGCAUUGCCAAGGGGGCGAUGCCCAUCUUAGAGAAGACGAGGCAACUCUUAAGAGGAACUUGGGAGGAACUUGGAAGAGAGGAAAGCAAAGUGGAGGGGCGAAACUUGAAAGCUGCCCAUCUAGGAUACCUUUCCCUGGGCAGUCACAAGUGUUACCCUCGAAGGGAUACGGAAAGCUUGGCUGAAGGCGGCCAUUUUGAAGAGGACCUGGCACUGCUUCUGACUGCUUCCAAUGGUCCAUCCAAAAUGGAUAGCAUGCGUUUGGAAGAGGAUGGCAUUUCUGAACCGUACUUGAUCAGCACUUCCAUUGCCUGCGACCUUGGAAAUGAUUGGGACAUUUCUUCAGAAGAAGAUAUGGCGCUGGAAGGCAGAGAGAACCCUGGGAGUUCCCCCCAGAAAUGGCUGGAAUAUUGUUGCCAUCCACAAGCAUUGAUGAAAGGAUUGAAUAUUGGCGGAUACUGUAGGGAGAAUGUGGAAGGUUCCUGUAGCCACCACAGAGAGUUAAAGGAUUUUGGAGGGGGCUUUCGUUUGGAAGGUACCUCCGCUUCCCAGGGAAACGAGGAGGGCCUGGGAUCUAGUGGGGAUUUGGUGAGGCGUGACGGGCAAAGCUUUGAAAGUCCAUCUGAUUCUCCAAAGGAUGGGGAAGAGAUAGAAGCAUACAAGAAGGGUGGAGAUAAGAGUGCGUUCAACUCACCCUCUUGUGUUUCCAAAAGCCCCCUUGUCCUAUCCUUGUUCUACAGUCCAUCAGAGGAAGAGGAGGAUGGCAGUGAUGAUUCAGAGGACUGGUGGAGCGAAGACGAGAUGGAAGAGAGCAUUCAGUCUGGGGGGCACCCGGGGAACAGGGAGAACCAUUUGGAAGCAGAAGUAGACUCUCUGCAUCAGGAUGUAUUGGAGAGCCCCUGCGAAUCUUUUUUUGCAAGCAACAACCCUUUCCACCCACUCUGCUUUUCCAAGCCCGUUCAAGCCCCCACAUCUGCCCCUCAGCCUGAGGCCAAGAACCACAAGGAAAUCACGGUCACCUUUUAUCAGACAAGGCUGGAUUCUAAGCCUGAGGAGCUGUGUAAUCCACCAACGCGACCACAUUUCAUGUGGAAUCCAAGAGUUUCCUCCAGGCAUCCAACUCAAAAAUGUUGCCAGCCAGACUCUGAGGACAACUCUGAUCUUGUGACCACAGAAGUGUCAUCAGUUUCCCAGGAGGCAAACCAGGUGAUUAAGAAGGUCCGAUUCUCUCCGGUGGUGACUGUUCACCCGCUGGUGGUCUGGAAUUACGCAUCUCGGGCCGCCCGCCGUGGCCCCUGGGAAGAAAUGGCCCGCGAUCGAUGCCGCUUCCGCCGGAGGAUUGCUGAAGUGGGAGCCAUCUUGGAGCCUUGCCUGAGGGCAGAACACCGGGCCAAAGCUUGGAGGGAGAUCUAUGGGGUUCAGCAAGAAGGCAACGACAACAGCUCCCCUCUCCUUUCUGGUUCUGCUGAGGCAGAUUAAGCUGUGCCUCCAAAGUCAGGAACAAAAUGGCUCUUCAAGAUAUGGCAGCCAUGAAGUAAACCGUCCAUUAGAGAUACAUAUAAAGGGUUCUGAGGUUUUGAGAGCCAAACUGAAUCCUUUUUUUUUAAAACAUUGGAGAUCGUAAGGGGAGGCUCAUGGGUCUGAAAGGAGGGCUCUGUGUGUGUGUGUGAUGUAGCAAGAUUUAAUUCUGGGCCUGAAAUCCACGUUCUCUCAGGGUGGAGUGGGGCCCUGAGGUUGCCAUGAGGAGCAAGAGCUUCUGUGCUCUGAUAUUUCUGAAUAAAUGCACUGAUGUAAAGCUGCUACUACCUCAGUUUAUUUGAAGGACGUGGCUGCCAGGCCCUUAGUCUACCAAUGCGUGUAGCAUAACAUGAAUUGGUGGCCCUGCCUGGUGGACACUCAAGCGUGUUAUGCGCAUGCUCUAGUUUUCACAUGUUAAAUGGACAGAAUUUCACAGGGUUUCCUAAUGUAUUUCUAUUUUACAUGCUAGUUAUCUUCCAAAGCAAGCCUUUGAUAUUUAAGUAGUAUUUCCCCCCCCCCUUAAUUUCAAAAUAUGUAUUAAAUUAUUAGUAAUGGUGAUGUGAACUCCCAGGAUGUCUUGAUGUAUAAUUUAUCUGUCCACAAAUUAUUAUUUUAAAUAAAAAAAAUAAAAAUAUUGCAGCUAUGACUAUAAUCCUCAUCAUCUUGGCACCUAUGGUUAUUGAAAAUGUAAUAUUGAAGGCUGAUUUCAGAAGUCUCCCCACAACAUGUGUUUACCCCUUAUUUGUGACUAGAAGCACCCACUAGUUUAUACUUCUCCAGGGGGAUAUGGGUGUCUUGAGCAACAAACAUGCCUCAAAAGCUGUCUCUCAAAAUCAGAGAUGGUAAAGUGAUGGCAGGGUGGAAAUCACAGGAAAGUGUAGGAUGACAAAAAAAAAAACCCAACCACUUAGUUUUUUGGUAUUUCUUCAAAGCCUGGGAUUUCCCCCAAGCCUGCUGCUACUUUCCCUCUGAAACCCCAUCAACAUUCUCCAUUGAAGCAUUAUCAUUAAAGUGUCAACAUGGCUUCCCCCAAAGCAUCCUAAGAACUGUGGGUUACAGGUGCCAAGUGUUGUUCGGAGACACUUAUUCUCCUCAGAUCUCUACAGUUCUCAAUAGAUCCCUGAGAAGAGGGAUUGACCCUCUUGAGAAGUGUACCUAUGAGGGGGGAAUAGGGGUGUCAGGCCCCGGGCCCUUAACUUGCCUCUUUAAAUUAUUUCCUCGGCCUAAUUUUGCCCUUACCUACCACAGAAAUGUGGCCCGUGGAAAGUUGCCCAGUGGUGAAUAUGGCCCUCAACUUGAAUUGUUCCCCCCCCCCAUAUUUUAUUUCAAAUCAGAACCUAGUUUUAAGCCUGCCAAGUUUACACAAAAGAGGAAGGGAAAAGCCACUGGAGUAAGAAAGCAGCCAGAACAGUAUCAGCUGUUCACAAACAACCUUGUGAUGGGUGACAUGUUUCUGUUCUCUCAUGGCUUAGGAAUGCAGCCUUGCAUACCAAAGGGCAAUGACUCAUAAAGGCCUUUAAAAUAAAUGACUGGCAAACUGAAGCCAGCACCUACUAGAAAUAACUUCUGCCCUGUCAACUCGAGUCGAGGGUGGUGGCGGUGGAUGGGUUUUGUGAGGUAAACAGUUAAGCAAGAUGGCAGCCUGUUGGUACCACACUGUUCGGCCUAGUUAAAAAAAAAUAAAGAUCUGGUUCUAUGAAAGCCAAAGGUAGACUUGCUAUGCAAAAGGCAAACUUGUUAAAUGACAACUGUCAGCCUAGCAAGCAUGGUCAAUGGCCAGGAUUUUUUUUGGGGGGGGGGGGUUAGUUCAGCAACAUCUAGAGGGGUAAAGGUGGUUCUCUCCUGCUAUAGCUUAUUGGACUCCCGACUCCCAUCAUCCCCGGCCACUGGACAUGUUGCCUGGAGCUGAUGGAAGCAGGAGCCUGACAUCUAAAGGGGUGACAGUCAACCCCUCUUCCCAGGGCACUGUCGCUCUGUGAGGGGAACAGGGGUCUCAACAACUCUCAGCAGCAUCCUUACCAAACUAACAUUUGCAAGAUGCUUUGGGGGUCAUUGAAAGUGGUGCAAUGCAGCUGGACAUGUAGAGUGCAGGUGGGGCCAUGCCCUAAAUGGGGAGGGAAGGAAGGAAGGUGGCACAUCGAAAGCAGGUGCAUGAAACCACAGGGCACAUGAGACGCAUGUGGGUGGAGCUCAAGAGCAGACUGCACAACUCAGGGAAGGAACAGGUUGCUCGCUGUUACACCCACAUUAUUUUCCAUCCAAGGGAGAGACUGCCUAUGAAAUGAGAUGGUGGGUUAAGGCUCCUCACCUGAGCACAUGACGGCAGUUGGCACAGCACAGGCCACAUACAAGCCUUGC